AUAAUUCUUGUCUGUUUUGUUUUCGAUUUAGCAGUUCUUGUGUCUAUUUUCAGCAUUUUCACGAUUUUUACUCAUUGGUCUUGUUUUUUUCAAACAGUCCUUUCUAUUUUCUGCAAAAUGAUUACUAUUGGUUGUUAGAGCUUUUAUUGUUCAACCAAAAUAGUGUGAGACGUAGCAAUAUUAUUAUCAACAACUAUGGCUUUGCCAGCCGAAACAUUAAGUAACCCAAACAGUCCGAGUGCUUCUCAUUGCGUAUCGGGAUUCAGUAGCAAUUUUGUGUUUAUCUACGAUAUUCCAUGGAUGGAAAGAAAACGGUUAUCGGCAUUGCUGGACCAGGAAGCGAAAUGGGUUGGGCUGGCUCUGCGACAAAUGGGCUACGACACUGAGGAUGUCGAGGCAAUUAGACGGUGUUGCACCCAUACGGGAAAAUCGCCGUCGGAGCAACUGCUUUCGAAAUGGGGCAACUUGAACCAUACCCUCACGGAACUUUUUGUCGUAUUGGCCAAAGAAAACCUCUUCAACGCCAUGGAGGUUAUCAAGCGUUUCGUAGAACCUAAAUUUCACAUUCUCAUCAAAAAAGAAUCGGACGAAGGCACGUACAAACAAGUGAAUGGUCCAGCGGUUGAAUCGAACCCGGUCGUAACUCACACAACGGACAGAAACGCAGAAAGUGCCCAACAGAGGGAAGAGUUCGUACAACCAGAAGUGAUAGCCCAGGAUGCCCCGGGCAUUGGAGCUGUGGUUGGGGCAAACCCACAAGCUGCGGUAGGUCGAUUGCCUGCGGACAACAUCGCUGCUAUCACUGGAGGUUUACCGCAAUUUAGUUACGAAGAACUUCGUGAGGCUACCAGCAACUGGAGUCCGGCAAAUGAGCUCGGGAAGGGAGGAUUUGGCAUUGUUUAUAAGGGAUAUUUCAAGCAUACCUUUGUGGCAAUAAAGAAGAUCAAAGGCAUCAAUACGGAGUCGGCUCGGACAGAAUUGCGACAAAGUUUCAACGAGUUGAAGUACUUGAACUCCUGUCGACAUGAGAAUGUUGUCCCUCUAUUCGGAUGCAGUUUUGAAUUUGGCGAACCGUGUCUUGUAUAUCAAUACAUGCCGGGUGGAUCCCUGGAUAAUCGUUUGUUCCCGAAAAGCAGCAGCGUAAAAGCGUUAACGAUGCUGGACCGUGUAAAGAUAGCAAAAGGAACCGCUAGAGGUCUACAGUACCUGCACACCUUCGGACAGAAACCGAUAAUCCACGGUGACAUCAAACCCGGUAACAUUCUACUGGACAACACUAACGAACCGAAGAUAGGGGAUUUCGGGUUAACUCGAGAGCUAGCAGUGAGCGAUUCAAGCAUGAAAGUUUCUCGAGUUUACGGUACUCGACCGUACAUUCCGCGCGAAUUUAUCACCCACCGGCAGCUGAGCACAAAGGUGGACAGUUUCAGCUAUGGUCUGGUGCUGUAUGAAAUCAUCACCGGUCAACGGGUGUACGAUGAGAAGCGAAAAAUGGCAAAGCAUCUGAAGGAUAUUGUUUUGCAUGCGGCACAGUCCGGGUAUGAUAUUCGAAUGCUAAUGGAUCGAUCGCUGUCGGCGGAUGACGGUCAGACGGUUAACAUUUGCAAGGUGCUGCUGAAGGCAGGGUUUUCCUGUACCGCAGAUGAUCCGGAGAAGCGGCCGGAAAUGGUGGAUGUUUACAAAUAUCUGGUGGAGCACCUCAGUGAGUAGGAGGGUGGAUUGAUGCAAUAUAGUUUUUAUUAUUUUGUAAGUCUGUUAUCGGUAAUUGAAGAUUUUUUACACGAUUCUGAUUUAUAAUUUCAAAA